AUGGACGCGAUUUUGAGUGGUUAUGACACUUUGAGAUCCAAAAUAGUCUGUAAAUCGCUUUCUUCUUCAAAGAAGACAUGUUCACACUCUAUGGUUCUCAGAGGCUUGUGCGUUUACUGUGGGAAAAAUAUGAAUGAUGGGUUCGGUGUGGGAUUUGAUUUCUUGCUCGAUGGUUUAAGGUUUAGCAACCAUGAUCUUGCUUGCUGGAAAGAAAUAAACUCUAAGAAUUUGUUUAGCCAAAGAAAGCUUCAGUUAGUUCUUGAUUUAGACCAUACGUUGCUUCAUUCAAAAGACAUCCAUAAAUUAACUCGUGCGGAGGAAUAUUUGAAGAGGCGGGCAGAUUCUUCUGAAAAUAUGUCAGACGGUGACCUAUUUAAUCUGGACAAUGAUUUCAUAGUCAAAUUGAGACCAUGUAUUAGAACUUUUUUAAAAGAAGUCAGCAGUAUGUUCGAACUUUACAUAUAUACUAUGGGUUCUCGAUGUUACGCAGAGGAGGUGGCUAUGUUGCUUGAUCCUAAGUGCCAAUACUUUGUUAAAUCUAGAAUAAUUUCACGCGAUGAUUCUAAACAAACACAAAAAAAGAGCCUGGAUUUGGUGUUGGGACAGGAGCGAGGCAUUGUUAUUCUUGAUGAUACUGAAAGCGUGUGGAAUGAGCAUAAAGAAAACUUAAUAGUAAUGGGAAAAUAUAACUAUUUUAGAGAUGGAGAGAUUAAUAAGAGAUCUUUCUCAGAGAAGAAGACCGAUGAGAGUGAAACUAACGGUGUACUUGCAAACGUUCUUGGAGUUCUGAGACAAGUCCAUGGAUUUUUCUUUGAAGAUCCAACAAAUCUUGGUGGCCAAGAUGCUAGAACGUUGUUAAGAAAAAAUCGUGGAAGGAUUCUGAUGGGGUGUACUUUAUUCUUUAAGGAUGUUGGAGAUGAACUAACUAUACUUCGGAGCAGGGCAGAGGAGAUGGGAGCAACAUGCAAAACCAUACUUGACUCUUCGGUUUCACAUUUGGUGUCAUCAAAAAAUACGAUUGAGGGUUAUAAAUGGGCAGAAGUAGAGACCAGAUAUUUGGUCCAUCCUCGGUGGAUUUAUGCUGCUUAUUAUCUAUGGUACAAACAACCUGAAUAUCUGUAUUUUCCAGUUUAG